AUGCACCUCCACACGCGUCCCCCACCUCUGUUGAUGUGCAAAGCCUUCUGGAACAACUGCUUUGCUCCAGUCCCUGGAGGAGCAGCAGGGAGCAAACAUGGAAGGACAUUUGUGUCGGAGACGACAGUGGGGAGUCACAAGGGCACGUUCCACCGUGCCAUCGAGGGGGCGGGGCAGGCAAAACGUCUCACCCGCCUGACGACAGCCACACCGCCACGCUGUUCCCCGGCCCGGGAGACAGGGCGCUCGGAGCUGCCGAGCAGUCAGAGUCAGGCAGCCGAGGGGGAGUUGACGCCUCUGGAGCUGGGGGGAGUCAGGCAGCUGCGGGGGGCUUCUGGUGUCAGCUUCUCCUCCGAGCUCUGUCCUCCCCAUCCCACCAGCAGCUCUGGCCGCGGCACGCGGCUUCCUCCGGGCUGCACCUGCCACCCUGAAGCUGCGAGGGCUUCAGAGCCAGCCCUGUGCCUUGCGGCUUUGCAGUCGGGCACCUGCCCAGGUGUGGGCGCACAGCAAGUGCUCCAUAAAUGUCCUUGCAAGCUGGUGGAGCAUGGCCUGUUUGGUGUCCUUGGCCCACGGGUGGGGCGGCACAAUGCAAGAAAUCGGAGAGGAAUGACAGGAAGUUUCCUGUUCCCAUCCAAGGAGCAAAGUUCUUCCAGAAUCACAGUCCUGGAAAUUCCCUGUGACAGACUCAAGCCUUGGGACACCAGCUGGGUGACCUCUGUCCUGCUGCUGAGUGAGCUGUGAGUUAAGGCAUCGCCACGGCAACUCCCUGCCUCACCUCCUGAGGUUGUGACCCCGCAGUCACUGGUGAAGCCUUAAUUAAAAGUGUAAUCUCCUUUUUGAGACAGGGUCUGGCUCAGUUGCCUUGCCUGGGCUCAAACUUGCCAUCCUCCUGUCUCAGCCUCCCAUCUGGCUGGGAUUACCUAACUGUACCACAGGCUCCUUGUUAAUUAAGGGUCCUCAUCGCUCUCCUAGGCCUCCAGGUCCCCAGGGCUUUUCCAUCCCUUCUUUCCAUCCCCCCCUCGGUAGGUAGGGAGGCUUCUCCGGGGAGAUCCCAGGCCAGGCUGGUGCUGGAGAGGAUGGGAGCUGCACGUGAUAGGCAGAGUCAGGAAGGCCUCCAGCAGGCCCUGGCACAAACCUUCCUGGGCAGCACACA